GAUUUUUGGCCGAGUCCAGGGCGUCAUAUGGGUGAUAUCGAUAUCUGCAGGGCGACUACCGACAAAAGACGCAUUGCCGAUGCUUCAGGACGCUGUACGGGCUCGCAAAGGCUGCCAUGGCUUCCUUAAAAAGUCUACACGAUCGUUCACGGUCCAAAAACCUCGAGUCUGCGAUGUCAAUUCUGUGGAUUUUCACAUGCAUCCCAUAUGGCCUUGCCGUUUCACAUGACGCACUUUGCGAGCAUUUGAAAGAACAUGGGAAGCUCGUCUUUGAUUCCUCUACACGCCGUGGAUGGCUUCCCUGCCACCACGACCGAGUCACGGCAGAGCACAGGCUGUAAACAUUCACACCAGCAUAUCACCACUCAACAUGAACUAUUUUUAACAAUAGGAUUCGAGAUCAA